AUGGCUUCUGAUAAUACUGUUACGAGUACAUCAUCAUAUCAAGAUAUUUCAAGACGAUCAAGUAAUAUGUCUACAAUAUCAAGUGGAUCUAGAACAUUAUCAAGAGUAGAACAAAUUUUAAAAGAACCUUCUUCGAUAUCAGUAAAAACAGCUAUUGUAUUAGAGUUUGGAAACAGAUUAACAAAAGUUGGAAUAGCAGGAGAAUUUAGACCAAGAAGGGUUAUACGAUCAGAAGUUACAUUACCCAAUGAAAUUGAACCAACAAACGUCUUUAGUAAUGAAUAUUCAGAUGAAAAGCAGAAGAAAGUUUUGACUGCUUUUAUAAGGAAAAUAGCAUUUAAUGUUUUAAUUUUACCUUUUAAAGAUAGAAGUUUUGUUGUUGUUUUUCGGACAUUAGAAAAUGACAGACUUCAAUAUAUUAUUACAGAUAUUCUUAAGAAUAAUAAAAUUUUUAAUGCCCAAGAAGUUAAAUUUAUACCAUCUCAAAUUGCCGCAACAAUAGGAUCAUAUUGUGCGGAAGUUGGUCUAGUUGUAGAUAUUGGAUAUGAAUUUGCUUCCAUUUUUCCUGUUAUACAUAAUUGUAUUCUUUUUCAUGAAGGUGAAAUUUCCUUGUCAUGUUCCAAAAAAUUAGAGGAACGUGUUAGAGAAUUAUUAAUAAAAUAUGGUAGUGUUCGAAUACAUGGAACAAAAGAGAUAAAAAAUAUUGAUAACGACAUUUUGGAUAUUCUAGACAAAACUAAAACAUAUGAAGAUAUUUGUAAUAAAUAUUUAUUUGUUACGACUUUAGAAAGAUCAAGAAAACUUGACAAAUAUGAAGACUUGCAACCACAACCAAAAGGUUUUGAAAUGAUAUUAAAAGAUUUUACAUUAGUUGUACCGGGAUGCUUAAGAGAACUAGCAGCAGAAAUAUUAUUUACAACAACAGAUGAUUCAAUGUCCAUACCAGAGGCUAUAUUAGAAGUGAUAACUAAUUGUCCUAUUGAUUUUAGGAAAUUACUAUUUGAAAGAUUAAUUAUUUGUGGGGGUGUAGCAGAAUUGCCGGGAUUUUUAGGAAGAAUAAAAGCUGAAUUAUUAGACGCUAUUACUUCAUCUGAAUAUAUUAAAUUGUCAAAAUUAAAUGUUCCAAAAUUUAUUCAAUAUCCAAAUUCAAAAAUUCCUUUUGGUCUAGUUAUUAACUGGAUAGGUGGAUCACUUUAUGCAUCAUCAGCUUUCUAA